AUGCCGGCCGAAAGACGAAAGAAAUCUACCAAACAGCAGGAGACUGGAAUCGACCAAGACGCGACGCGUUUGACAACACAGCAAGAGUCCAGAGUGGAGCUCUCACACUCGCCAGUAUCGCCGGUAACAGAGGACUCCCUUUCAUCGCCGCUCUCUGACUCGAUUGCGUUUAAAUUCGAGCAAGAUGUUUCCGAGCCUCGACGAACCUUCCACGGCAGAAAGAAACCAGUUGAUCACAUUCCCCGUCCACCAAAUGCCUUCAUUCUCUUUCGCUCUAUGUUCAUCAAAAGCCGGCAUGUCUCCACUGGAGUGGAAACGAACCACAGCACGCUCUCGAAGAUCAUCGGCCUGACCUGGCAAAACCUUCCGGAAGAGGAACGCCAGAAAUGGCAUAUCAAAGCCAAGCAUGCGCAGGACGAGCACAAACGUCAAUUUCCUCAAUACUCCUUCAAGCCUGUUCACACCAAGGCAAAGAACGGCGAACGCAAGAAAAUUCGCGAAGUUGGCCCCAAGGACCAGAAACGCUGUCAGAAGAUAGCAGAGCUAUUGGUUAGCGGUACGAAGGGGGAAGCCCUUGAGGCAGCGAUUCACGAGUUUGACAAGACCCAUGUUCCUGAAAUCAUUACGCGUUUUGACACGCCCAUUACUGCGAACAGCUUUUCGCCGACGUCUGUCUCUCCAGCGGAACGACAACCUAGCCCUGCCGUUUCGCUUAAAAGAAAAGUAACACCUAACAUUCUCGAUCGCACCAAGUCUUCUCCCCCUCGUCCAAGCAUAACUAUACCAUCAUCCCCCAAAGAGGAACCCCACGAGGCAUCACCUGCCAUACCAUUCUACGAAAAUUCACUCUUUACUAACCCCCAACCUUCGUUUGAUUAUGACACGUUCACUUUCUCUACUUCACACUCCACUCCGACUAUUUACCAUGGAGAGGCCUACACGCAGGACGUUAGGCCCGCUGACCCUUCGUUUGACUCACCCGUGACUCAAGACCCAUCUAUGUUAUUCCCACCUGCCGAAUACAGAGGCGGAGAAGAGUGGACACGGCAAAGCUCACCUCUUUCGAACGCGACUGGUAGCAUGCCCUCGACUCCUUCUCAUCUAAGCAUUCCAUUCCCAGAGCCGUAUAGCACGUUUACUCCAGAGGCCGCUUCUGAUUACGCUUCCAUACACACCCCCUUCCCCGACUAUUCGAACUACUCCUAUGCGGCGAUGUCAGAGCCGGUAUAUGAAAUCAAAGACUCCCGAACUUCAUCUUCUGGGUUCCACGCAUUCUCAUCAGAAGCAGUCCAGCAGGCGCCUACUAUGCUUCGAGACGAUGUGGACUUUUCCACGCUGAUGCACUCGCUCACCUCGUAUUCGCUUUAA